AUGUCUCGCGUAGAAACCUUCUCUGCUCCAUUAUCUGCAGAGGCAAUCUCUUCCGCGUGGCUUUCUGCAUUGGUUUGUGACUUAUCCACCCCCGGUUUUAUUCUCAAGCGCUCGUUUACGAACGAUAGCUACUGGCGAGAUCUCUUGGCAUUCACUCCUGAUUUUCGCACCUUACACGCACUUCCAAAAAUUCAGCAAUUUUUCUCAGUUCCCGUUGCUGUUGCGCGGCCAAGUCAGUUCCGACUCUUGCCAGGUGUUCGUCAUCGGCGUGUUGGUCCUACAAGACUGUUCAUCCAAGGAAUUAUACAAUUUCAUACGGUCAUAGCGCAGUGCACUGGAGUCUUCACUCUGACUCAAAGUGAGGAUUCCUCAUGGAAGGCUUGGUCCUUUGUGACUAUGAUGGAUCAGUUGUCCGGCGUGGUCGAUCGUUUUGGUGUACAUACGCCUCUCUGUCGUCCCGCUGAGUGGAAUACUAUAAUGGAUUAUACAGCGGUCGUCGUGGGCGCAGGUCAGUGCGGCUUAUCCGUGGCCGCCCGUUUGGAGAAUCUUGGCAUCUCUACACUUGUCUUGGAGAGAUCUGACGCAAUUGGCGAUAGUUGGCGUUCUCGAUACGAGUCUCUGGAGACGAAUACUCCCAGAACGUAUAAUCACCUUCCCUUCGUCACAUUCCCAGAGGGAUGCGGAAAAUAUAUCCCCUGCAGAGACGUUGCCGACUAUCUUGAAAAUUACCAAAGGACUCUUGGUCUUCAUGUGUUGACCUCGGCGCACAUUUCUGCUGCUUCAUAUGACGCUUCAUCAGGUACCUGGACAUUGUCUGUAUCUAUUUCUGGGAAAGCCUCUAUUACCGUGACAGCCCGGCACCUGAUUGGCGCCACAGGCAUUGGUACAAUGGGAGGUGCACUCCCGUUUACGCCUUCGAUUCCAGGAAAAAAUUCCUUUCUCGGUUCUAUUAUCCAUUCAAGCAAAUACAGGUCCUCUUCCUGUGUGGGCGCGCAGAAAGUCGUUGUCGUGGGCGGAGGAUGCUCUGCUCACGAUAUUGCUCAGGACAUGGCGAAUCACGGGUCUCGAACAAUGCUUGUCCAGCGUUCCCCGACCGCCGUUGUGAGCCGCCAGACGAUCGACCGUAUGCUUACCGGAUAUGUCGGGCAGGAUGUUCCUCCGACAGAGGUCGCAGACUGCUUCUAUGUCGCCCUCCCCUUGUCAACUCUUCGAAAUUCCCAGUACGACACCAUGGAGAUACAUGCCCAUAUCGACCAGGACCUCAGGGAGAAUUUGUCCCGGAAUGGUUAUCUCCUUCCCGGUCCUGAGGACAAUUUCUUGCACCGUCUCUCCGUUCGACGAGGUGGCUAUUACAUCGACCGGGGUUGUGCAGAGCUCAUCACGUCUGGCAAGAUCACUGUCAAGUCCGGGCAUGAGAUUUCCCACUUCUCCCCUACCGGGAUGGUGUUCGACGAUGGUUCGCGAGUGAUGGCCGACCUUGUCAUCUUUGCAACAGGGUACUCAAAAACUACGAUUAAACAAGUCGCCGAGGGCCUUUUUGGGCCCCAGGUCGCGGAUGCCGUCCAUGACCUUGGAGGAUGGGAUAGUGAAUGUGAGCUCGCAGGUAUUUGGAGGCCGACUGGACAUGAUGGACUCUGGUUUGCAGAGGGCGAUCUUUUUUCAGCACGGUUCUACUCUCAGUUCCUUGCGUUACAGAUCAUGGCGAGGGAGAUGGGAUUGGUUGAUCCGGACCAGAGAACUUACAUCUAA